CAGGGUCCGGGCGCGCAGCAAGGCGGGCGUAGGUCUAUGUCGCGGGCGGCGGCGGCGGCGGCGGCCGCGGAGGGACGAUGCGCGAGUACAAAGUGGUGGUGCUGGGCUCGGGCGGGGUCGGCAAAUCCGCCCUGACCGUGCAGUUUGUGACCGGCACCUUCAUCGAGAAAUACGACCCCACCAUCGAGGACUUCUACCGCAAGGAGAUCGAGGUGGACUCGUCGCCGUCGGUCCUGGAGAUCCUGGACACGGCGGGCACCGAGCAGUUCGCGUCCAUGCGGGACCUGUACAUCAAGAACGGCCAGGGCUUCAUCCUCGUCUACAGCCUGGUCAACCAGCAGAGCUUCCAGGACAUCAAGCCCAUGCGGGACCAGAUCAUCCGAGUAAAGCGGUACGAGAAAGUGCCGGUCAUCUUGGUGGGGAACAAAGUCGACCUGGAAAGUGAGAGAGAGGUGUCCUCCAACGAAGGCCGGGCGCUCGCCGAGGAGUGGGGCUGCCCCUUCAUGGAGACGUCAGCCAAGAGUAAAACCAUGGUGGACGAACUCUUCGCCGAGAUCGUCAGGCAGAUGAACUAUGCCGCCCAGCCCGACAAGGACGACCCGUGCUGUUCCGCGUGUAACAUACAAUAGCAUUGACACGUGGCUGCCCGCCCCCCUCCCACCCACCGGAGGCGACACCAGCCUCGCCUCCCCGACCGUGGAGCCUGCAGGGUGUGCGGUGUGAACCUCCAGUGAAGCGGCAGAUCGUCCUUCAGAGCCCAGCGGCGAUUGUCAGCUGAGAGCUCUGAGUCACCUUUGGGUCCAGUAACUCCAGUCUCACCGUCAUCCUCAGUCUCCUCCAGACACCUGCAACUUCAGGCGUCGUGGCCCAGUCAAUCUGCAGGGCGACCUCCUUCGAAAGCUAUGAUAGUAUUGUCACUUGGGUUGACAGAAGCAACUAUGGUCGUCGUUAAAAGUAAUCACGGGAGAGAAACCGGAAGAAUUCCUGUGACCGCUUAACCAUUAAAAUAUUUUGUCUUCUUUAAAAAAAAAAUAGAUGAGUCAAGGAGAAAUAUUUUCCUACCAGAGUACUGAAUUUCAGGAACUGAGAUAGUGCUUCUAACCAAUAUAUCACAUCAAGGAAGAUAAUAGCAGCUGACCUGCCGGCAGCAUUCCAGGGAGAGAUUCUUUGCUCAGCUGACUCACUCCUGUUUUUCAAAGUCGAUGCUUAACUGUAGAUGUUAUCCUAAUUUGUGACUCGGAACUAACUCACGCACCAGUCUCUGAUAGAGCCAGAGUCAGCACAGGUUGGGUAAAAAUACAGCCUGGUGUUACAAUGUGUUAUCACCUGCUUUGCCCAGAAAGUGGAGACUCUCAUAAGGGUCUGAGUCAAAUUAAAACCCCAGACCCACCCCUCUGUUCACCAAGCAGGGAUGGUCUUUGUUACUUUACUGAACAAGAAGGAAGCAACUGUGAUGGAAAGAGAUUGCCUAGCCUUACUAAUGAGAAGCGUUCCAGUAGAUGAACUAGUACCAUCGUGUAAGGAAAAUGAAGCCAUGUUGCAUCCACAUGUUCCCGUUUGCAGAAACCUCGCAGGACAGUACAAAUAUCUUGCAUUUUUACGUUCGUUAAAGCAGCAAAUUCCUUCUUGCCUUUAAGGGCUAUGGUUGUGGUGUGAUUCUUGGCUAACCUGCUUUCGAAAUCAAGUUUUCUAUAGCAGAGCUUUAUUGCAGGCAUUACAAAAAAAAAAUUGAAUAACCAUGUGAAAUAAUUGGGGCUUAAAAGUAGAACAGAAAUUAGAGUGGAAGGUAAGAGACGGAAAAAAAACCCUUUAAUUUUCCUGGAGAAUUCUAUAAAGAUUUUCUUACAACAAUUUUGCCCUGAUUACUGAAGUGGCAAAUAAAGCUAGAGUGAAUAUUUUGUCUUGAAAAGGUGCUCAAGUCCUGACAUUUUUGGUUUUUAUAGCCGCCAAGUAUUUAUCAUUUGCAUGAAUAAUGGCACAGGAAAAAAUGUAUUCAUAAGUUUUACAAUCAAGCGCAGAAGGGUUUUCACCCACCUUCAGAGUUAUAAAAUGCUGAAGAGAGUAUUUUGAGCUGAUCCUCUGGAGAUGAAUUUGGCCUUCAGAACUGCAAUAUCACUGAGCCUGUGAUCUGCAUACCGCCCCAUAUUUCUUGUUGGUUUCACACUCUUGUGCAAGUAACCUCGGGUCUUAACGUGUGUUACUGAGUGAAGAAUGUGUGUUUGCGUGUGCAUGUGUGUUUAAUGUUAUGAAGAAUUUGGCACAAGUCAGAGAUAAUUGCCUAUACUGAGAAUCUGUCCUGCAGAAUACCAUGUAUCAAAAACAUUUUUUUUAAGUUUGUUUUUUUUUAUAUACAUUCUUGAAAUCAUUGCUAGCCCGCCCCCUAAGUGUUUAGUAAACUGAUGUUAAGGUUGGAGGAGAGAAAAAAGGUGGAUAGUACUUUUCAUAAAUGAGAAGACAGAUGUGUGGGUAAAACCAGGCAUGGUUGUCAAAAGUCUUUGAAUUGUGAAUAUUUGCAUUCUUCAACAUAAUUUUUUGAAUAAUUCCCAAUUAUGAAGCACCUUUUAUAGGCCAGAAAGUUAUAACCAAUUUUACUGCAUCAAAUUUGGUCAUGUAAAAGGUGAUUUGACUCAAUCAUGUAGACAAGUCAGUGAUUCAAGAAGUAUGAUUUUUAUCAACUGAAAGAGAAAUAUUUGUUAGUGCACUGUUUGAGUUUUGAAGCCUCUUAACUUCUCAGAAUGAUUCUGGUUUUUAGAAUUCCAUAUUUAGUAGAAAUUUAUGGCAAGUAAGAUUACAUAUAAAAAUAUCUAUAAAGAUUUUACAGUUUUACCUUGUGGAUUGCUAUGCAGACAAGAAAAAUAAGUUAAAUAAUGUGAAAGGUAUGGCAGGAUAUAAGGUGGAAAAGAUUAUCUGAAAAUUUGGGUUUUAGUUAGAUGUGUUUAUGUGAGACAAUAAGGUGGCUUUUUUUUUUUUUACUGUAAAGAUGUUAAUAGCUGAUACGGCUGCCUGAUCAGUGUUUCCACCCAGCCUUGCGUAUUUAGUGACAAAGCAUCAAAUAAUAUCCAGAAACUUGGAAACCCUCGUGUGCUCUUACUGUCGGUGUUUCAUCUGGUAUGAAAAUAACUCCGUGUGAAUGAAUGUGUUUGUUGAGAUGUUAAUACAGAGCUUAAGAACAGGAAGAUGAAAUUUGUUGGCACAUGAAUUAAUAGUUGGUGACCUUGUGUCACUGUUUAUUUUAUGCCCUGAUCAGAAUAGCAACUAGAUAAGUGAAAGUUUUUCUAACAUGCCUUAAAAAUGUUAUGGUUUGAUCCAAAGACCCACUUUUUCUUUAGCUACUACGAUAAGGUUUUCUUCCUUUUUUUUUUUUUUUCUUUGUUUCGUCUUGUUUUACUUUUAUACAAAGGCAGCAUUUUGUUGUUGUUGUUCUAUGUUGCAACUUUUUUUUUUUUUUUUUGGUUCUCUUAAGCUGUGAUAGUGAUGGUGACUGAUGCCUUUCUUUUUGUUCCACUCAUACAAAACAAGCCAGCAUCUGAUCAAAAGUAUUACAUAAAAUCUUCCUUAAACUAUUGAAAGGUGCUUUGAUGAUUUUUCUUCUUUGGUUUGUAGAAUUAGGACUGAAAUUUUUACUCUAAUCGCUACAGUUGCCAUCACUUUUCUGUGGUCAAACUACUGAUAUUUGCUUUUCUGUAUAAAGAAAUGUUGCCUAAGGAUGUCUACUGUUUGUUUUCAGGAAUUGUCCAGUGGGAAUAUUGCCUAUAUGUAUGAAUAUGAAAGUGCUUAUUUCGCUUGUUGCCAUUGGGUUUUUGUUUGUCUGUUUUGUAGUUUUUUGUUCUCAGUAAUCCUGUGUUAGCACUUGGGUAAGCUUUAAUUGUCUCCUUAGCCAAUCAAAUGUUAAAGACUAUGGGGGUCUUUUUUUUUUUUUUUAAUUAACGUGUCAUUGUGCAUCUCUUAAAUCUUGAUCAGGGUUUCAAGAAUGACUGCAGUGGGUUUUGGAAACAGACUUAUCCUUAUUGAUUUGGGGUUUCCCAGAGAUAAAUAUAGUUCACAGUUAAUUGUUGAGCUCUAAUACAACUGACCAUUUAAAAUUGAACAACAGUUUAUUGUUUUGUAACAAUGUCAGUUGUUAAACCUUGACCUUUCAGUUAAAACAUGAAUUGUAGUUAUAACUCAAUGCAAAUUCAACAGUUGUAUUUGGAGUUAAAUUAUUUUAACAAAUAAAUUUAUUUAAUGAAAUUGCCUCUGGAUUCUUUGUUGUUGUUGCUUUGUACAUAUUCAUGGGUGAAAUGUAUUUAUUUAAAAACGAAAAAACUGCUGUAGAAUUCUAUUUACAGAAAUGGUCAAGCUAAUUGAGAAUUCAUCAUAUUAAAAAGGAAGAUUAGUAGAUCAUUUUCAUAGCUUUUAAAAAUUAAAACAUGAGAAGAUUUUUAAAUUAGUAAUUUUAGAUAUAAAUGGUAUUUUAUAUUUUUGAUGAUAGCUGACUAAUUUGAAAUCUCAACGGCAUUCAUGUUCACAGAAUUGUUCUAGAUAAUUAACAUUAAUUAGCAGUUGCUUUGAGGCCCUGCUGGUAUCACAAAAACCUAUCAGUGUCCUUCCAGUGAUGGCUUGGGGGGGUGUCUCUUUGUUUAGGUCUUGUGCAUUUUUAAGGUAUCAGAGGCUGGAGGUUGCUCUUUAGUAGGGCUAUAGGGCCUGCUUGUUCUAUAUAGGGCCCUGUGAAUGUUGACAGAUGCUGUUAAUUAUAUACAGCCUUCAGCUGCUCUGAUAAGGAGCCCAUUCAUUCCCUAAGCCAAUUUAAACUGUGCCUUUUGGUCAUGUUGCCUUCAAACUGUGUUGAAAUUUCCUGGCAACAUUCCACCAGUUUAGAAGCCUCAUUGUUUUGGAAUAGAAGAAUAAUUUGAAUGAAUAUAACAGAGGCACUGUAGGCAGAAUCUCAAAUAUUUAAAGGAAAAUGUGUCUAUAUUUUAGUAUAAUAAACAAAUACCUACUGGUUGGCUUCAUAAUCUCAUUUGAAGCAUUUGUAAAGUAUUCAAGCCUGUCACAUUCUGCUUUCAACUGGGAGAAUUUCUUUGUGACUGUGAAAUAAAAUUUUGAA